AUGGCUAUCUUCCUAUUCAAGUUUAUCCGGGGAAAGCUCCGAGAACGCGAAGCACAAAAAGCCAUUCCUACCACAGAUAAUUCACACUUAGUACCCGAGCGCACAUCAGCACAUGAGCUUCAAGAUAUUGUAACCAAUCACAACCACACAACCUCACAAGACUCAACAGGAAGUCAUGUCAACUUCCUUACUCCAGAAGAGGCAGCACAGCAGAAAUCUCAAGACCACGAAAACAAGAUUCGACAAUGGAAAUUGCUGUUAGGACUUGUGUUACCCAACUUCCUAGCUGCCAUGGAUGUCACUAUCGUCGCUCCAGCCAUUCCACCCAUAUCAUCCCAUUUCGACAAACUCUCCGGAAACUUCAACUGGAUCGUAGCAGCCUACACUUUGACAUUUACCACAUUCAUCCCGAUGUCUGGGCAAUUAGCAGACAUCUAUGGCCGCCACUUUGCUCUGCAGUUCGAAAUGUUCUGGAUCAUGAUAGGCAGUGUACUCUGUGCGUCAGCUCAAAUCUGGGUCAUGCUGCUUGUAGGACGGGCACUACAAGGGCUAGGUGCUGCGGGAAUCAUGAAUCUGAGCCGGAUUAUAUUGUCGGAUGGUACGACGCUGGCUGAGAACUCGAGUGGCAUUUCCAUCUUGUCGUUGAUCACGGUAGGACCGGUUAUAGGGGGCCACCUCGCAGACGCAGGCUGGCGCUACAUAUUCGUCCUCCCCAUAGGCGUCGCCGUCCUCGCCAUGGUCCUCAUCGCCCUGCUCAUGCGCAGAGAACUCGUUCAAGGCCGCGCAACAACUCAGUCUUCAACCUCUCACCACAAAAACUAUAUAUCCGGCCUCGCAAUCAUCGACUGGCCAGGCCUCACCACAUUCAUCCUAGGUGUUGGCUGCAUCGUCCUCGCCACACAAUGGGGCGGAACCCAAUAUCGCUGGUCUUCUCCCGCCGUCAUCCUGCCCCUCAUCAUCGGCACCAUCCUCUGCAUCCUCUUCUUCACCCACGAGUACCUCCUCGCCCCUAACCGCGCCAUGUCGUGCCUUUUCCCCCGCCAAAUUCCCAUGAUACCCUCGACGCUCUUCCGCAAAAGAGACACCACGCUCCUCAUGAUCAUCAAUUUCUCAGCGGGGAUCAGCAUGGUUUGCGCGUUUUACUUUAUCUCGUAUUACUGGCAGCUCGCGGAGGGGUACUCGCCUAGUCAGGCUGGUGUGCAGUUGUUGUAUUAUACGCCGGGUCUGGGCAUGGGUGUCUACUCUGCUGCUCUGAUGUGUAAUGUAUGGCCAGGCCAGACGUUCUUCCCCCUCUUCAUCGGGUCCGUGGUCGAGGCCGUGGGGCUCGCGCUGCUCACGUACUCCGUAUCUAUCAGAUAUACGACGCUGGUUAGUGUGUUCCUUGCCGUUGCAGGCGUAGGUACGGGGUUGCGCUUUAUGCCUGUUGCGCUGCAUGCGGCGGGUGUGUGGUCGACGCGCGUGCCUAGUAUGCAGUCGCUGCUUUCUUUUAUGCUCCCAUUGGGCGAGACUGUGGGCAUAUCCAUGAUGGGAAGUGUGUUUUCUAACAAGCUUUCUACUUUUCUGGCUCAGAUUGCCCGGCGUGCAGAUGGUGCUGCGCUGGGUGGCUCUGGGAUUCCGAGUUUGGAACUGCUGGAUAGCGUUCCGACAGUGGUCAAGAAAGAGGUGCGGGAUGCAGCGGCCAAGGCGGUUAUGUGGGCGUUGAUUUCCGUACUGCCGUUUAUGGGACUAGCAGUUGUUGCGGCGGUGUUCAUGGGGAAUGUGUGGAUUGGGAAGGCAGAGAAAGAGGCAAAGGAUGGGAAGAAAGGACAAAAGGCGGAGAAAGGAAAGGUCAUGUAUGGUGUUUAUUUGCUCGCGUGGUGUACGGGGAAUGUGGACCAGCGGAAAAAAGAUCUGGACGUUAAUAUGGAGCAUGAUUAG